GACACCUGCCAGCGCUGGGACAAGAGGUUGAAACAAUAUGUCACUGUUUCGCGACCAAGCAUUGUCCGUGAGUACAAUACCAAGAUGGGUGGAGUUGACUUGAUCGAUAGAAUGAUCAGUUACUAUCGCAUGAGCACCCGUACUAAGAAGUGGACAAUGCGGAUGGUCAUGCACUUCACGGAUCUGGCUUUAGCCAACAGCUGGCUACUCUACCUUAAAGACCAUGCAAUAUGUGCUGGACCAAAGACAAAACCCAUCCAGUUCCUUGAGUUCCGUAUGGAAGUGGCAAAGAUCCUCUUGGCCCAGCAUCACGGUGCAGAUGCUGACCUAUCGGAACAAUCAGAGGAAGAAGAUGCACAACAAGGGGUAAAACGUCAUGUGACAGAGGUGCCCCAUUUCUCGGUCCGCAGGAGGGCUAAUGCCCACCUCCCAGAGAUGAUGGGCCUGAAGAAUGCCAUGCGCUGCAGACAACCAGGCUGCACUGGAAGAACCCGAGUGCGCUGUGUGACCUGCAAAGUGUUCUUGUGCAUGCAAACCGAACGCAAUUGUUACUUAGCCUUUCACACAUAGGUGAUGGCAGUGUGAUGGCAGAGAUUCUGUGAAGGUCAUCAGGUGACCCCUGGGCCUCCGUAAGCAGGCCGGGUCCUUCUGUCCUCAAUGUUCCCACCCUUUCACAUAUCCUAUUUU